AUGGGAUUUGUGCUGCUCCCCCAAAACACUCGUGAACUGUGGAAGGAGUGGGAGAUGCGGUUGCUCGUCCUCCUCAGCUUGUUCUUCCAAUUGACCCUUGCGACUCAGGGCAGCCGGAGGAAAUCCAUCUUCAGCAACUGGAUCAAAGUCAUCCUCUGGACGACGUACCUAUUGGCCGACUCCAUCGCGACCUUCACACUUGGCGUCCUCUCGAACCGCCUGGCCAACAUCAAGGAAACCAAGGGGAUGAUUGAUCCGAAGAGCCAGAUCACAGCAUUCUGGGCGCCGUUCCUUCUCCUCCACUUGGGCGGGCCUGACACAAUCACUGCAUAUGCCCUGGCGGACAACGAGCUGUGGCCGAGGCAGUUGGCACGGCUUUGCAUCCAGGUAGGACUAGCGUGUCACAUUUACUCCAUGGCCUUGUCGGGAUCUACACUGUCGAUAGUAGCGGCGGGUAUGAUCCUGAUGGGGUUCAUCAAAUAUGCAGAGAGGACAUUGUGUUUGUACCGGGCAAGCAAAGGUCCACUUCGAGAUUCGAUGCUUUCGCGUCCCGAUGUCGGUCCCAUAUACUCCAGGAAAAUGGAGCAGUACGCUCUGAGGAAAGAGGAGGGUUACCUGGUCGGAAUCGACCAAAUCACACAGAUUCCGGGUCCGGAGUAUCUCGCGGUUAACAGAGGUCAAGCCCGCGAAAAGGACAGGACUCUGGUCAGAGGCUAUGAGUUUUUCAAGAUCUUCAAGCUUCUCCUUGUGGGCCUGACCGUCAACUUUGUCGACCUGGAGGCUAGUCAGCGCCUGUUCAUGGGCCCAGACAUGGAUUCGGCGGAGGCUUUUAAUAUCGUGGAGAUCGAGCUCGGGCUCAUGUACGAUCUGCUCUUCACCAAGGCCCCGUUGCUGAACUUUGCUUGGGGCAUCAUUCGUUGGGUCAUCAGUCUCUCGGUGCCGUGUGCCGUGUUGGUGUUUUUCUCCUUACAGGAUAAGAAGGAUUACCCCACUGUUGACAUCUGUAUAACUUUCUUGCUGAUAAGUGUGGCCAUACUUUUAGAAAUAUACUCGCUUCUUCUAGCAAUUUCAUCGGAUUGGAUCCACCACUGGCGGCUUCAGAGAUCCAGGAGAUCCGCAAUUUCGUCCGCCAUCGCUCUUCUCCGGUUCAGCCCGAGCCAAAGAUGGUCGAAUUCCGUGGCCCAGUUCAGCCUCUUGAGAUCAUCUAUCAGGAAAAGAAAAAGCGUCUUCCGCCAUCAGAGGUUUGCCAAGUUGCACGAGGUGGUGGAUAAGAACUUCUACAUCCGUUACAAAGAGUUCGACCGCUACUUCAAAGGAUUGAUCUUCAGGCACAUGACGGAGACGGUCAGAAAUCUGGAACGGACCGUCGGAUUGAAGAGCGGGUCGGCUAGUCUUAAGCUGGAGGUGCACGAACUGCUGAAGCGGUCAAACUGCGAUCAUCUGGCCUGGAGUGUGGAAGAGAUGAAGUUUGACCAAUGCAUCCUCAUAUGGCACAUCGCCACUGAGCUCUGUCACUACAUAGACGGGGGGAAGACGCUGAGCGACGAAGACGGCAAGAACUCCGAAAUGUGUAUGUUGGUCUCACAGUACAUGCUCUAUCUUUUGGUAUUCUAUCCUUCCAUGUUGCCAGCAGGGAUAGGGGUGCUGCGAUACGAAGACACUUUGGUCGAAGCUCAGAAGUUCUUCGACGACGAGGUAGCGAUGUUGUCAAAGAAGGAAGGCAGCAUCUCAUCGGUCGUCAUCGAGGGGGCGCAUAAAUUAUUCAAGAAAGGGGCACAUGUCCACACCUGUUUUGGCAGCUGCAAAGAGGCGCACAAGUCGAGAGAGUCAAGCGAUCUGUGCGGACUCUGCUGGCUUCUGUCCCAAGUGGGAAUUCAAUUGCCCGCCUUGAAGAUGCGCGGAACCAAAAGCACGUCGGUGCUGAUUGACGCGUGCCAUCUCGCUACCCAGUUAAAAUCAGUCGACAAGUGGGACAUGAUCAGCAAGUUCUGGGUGAGGAUGCUGAUUUAUGCGGCUUACGAAUGCAAAGGCUACGAACACUGCGAGAGCCUGAACAGAGGAGGAGAGCUUCUUAGCCACGCUUGGCUUCUCAUGGCGCAUCUCGGCAUAGCGCAGCCCGUACGAACUUCCGGAGCACCAUACGUUACCAAACUGAUUAUGAAGUAG